ACUUGCCUUCCAUUAGUUCACUGCCGAAAAAAACAAGGUCUUGUUGUUGUUCUAUAACAGCAUAAUGAGAAGAUGCAAAACUCUCGAGUGCGGGUACUUUUUACUAGUCCACAUUUUAUGUUAAAUGUUCUCUGUUUUAUCUUAAGGAGCCCAGUCGUCCACAAUAUUAUGGAACAGUCUUGAGAAGGGUAAGAUUUUAUCUGAGGUGUGAAUUGUUUGUUCAUCAGAAUUAAUUGCUUUUCCUCAUUUUCCAACCUUUUUUAGGGUGUAGACUACCUACUGUGCAAAGUGAACUUAUACUUGCUGAUCUGUCCUGUUAUAGGACCCUGUGACAGGAGAAGAAAUAUCUGUUUAUCCUUUUAUCAGUAGAUUUUGUAAGAUGUCAGGCUCCUUUGGAAUCAUGUUGUUUAUGGUAAGAAUCUCAACAUUGUGUGUAUUGAAGCUGUGUUUGCCUUAAUCUUUGCAGCUUAUAAGCUGUCUGCACUCUGUAUGUUUCACUGCCGUCAGUUAUUUACAUGUUGUUUUAUAAACUUUGAUCUGUUUAAGUUUUAGCAGCAUUCUUACGUUCUCUGUCGUUUGGUGAUUCGUACAUAAUUGACUUUCCACCAAAUUUAGAUAGUAGUAAAGCUUGACAGUGAGUGAGCGGUUGUAUAGCUGCCAAGUCACACAACUUUCUCUUUCUUAACUUCUGCAUUUUUUUUCUGUAAGUUAUAGUUUUAGAUUUCAAUCAAAGUACAGUGUGACGAUGCAAACUUUUUAAUGAAUAUGUGAAUAAUUUUCAUGCACAGAUUUGCUUAGUUCUAGCGAGUGCUGUGGCAGUAAUAGUUUACCGUGUCAUUGCAAGAGAAGAUUUCUUUAAAGAACGAGGAGAAAUGGGCCUACUGUUGGCAAGCAUCACAUCAACCUUCAUCAACACUUGUUCUAUUAUGAUUAUGGGAAAGGUUUGUAGCUGAUCAGCUAAUACUCAAAACUCCUUCAUCCAACUUCUAUGUCUCACUUUACAGCAACAAAUGAAAAAUACUUUCUUCUGUUGCCUGGACUCAUGGAGUUAAAUGGUGCCAAUUUAAAUGUUUUGGUCAUUAAACAUUUCAAACUUUUUAGAGCCAGAGGACACGGAGAAAGAGGCAGAAGCUCCAAGCUCACGUGUAGCUUUUUUGCUGUUUUUUUUUUUGAACCGUUCACCAGAUAAUUCAAAUUAACCUUUGCAUAUGAUUGGCAGCUCAUAUAUAAAUAGUUGAAUGAGGGAAAUUAUCAUUUUUUUCAAGGACUGCGAUAAAGACAAAAACACACCUCUCAAAAUUAAAUGUCUUGAUUAGAAAAGGAAAACUUAAAUCUUAUUCUAGUGCAUUUUGGUUUCUUCACAUUUUAGGUUUAUCAGAAGUUAGCUGUCAUCUUAACCGAUUGGGGUGAGUGAAGAGUAAUGAGAAUUCAGAAUGUUGUGACCUUUCCUUUUGGCCAUGGGCCAUUUGCACGAUGGUAUUAUCUUACUAACUUCGACUAGAAUCCUUUCCGUUUUAUUUCAUGUUCUAAAAUUUAUCCCGGCAAGCUCUAAAUCCCUGAAGGAUUCUGGUCGUAGUGGUGAAAUGACGUGAUAUUGCAAAUGGUCUAUAGAGCAAACAUUAAUUCUUGUUUGGCUAACAAAUGUGUUUUUCAAAGGUGUGUGUUAUGGCCUUGAAUUUUUUUUUUUUUCCAUCCAUUUUCUCUCAGUCUCGCAUGCAACCCCCCGGAGAUUGGAUUGGAGCCAAUCAGAAAAAGAGAAACAUUUUGAAUGAAUAAGACAACUGACUUAUCGCAAUACGGAACUGAGAAGAAAUACAGGACUAGAAUUAAUAAUAGUACGACCGUGACUUUCUUCUCUUUUCUUAACAGAAAAUCAUCGAACACAGACUUCUUAUGAUGAUGCGCUUAUCAUAAAGUUGUUUGGAUUUCAGUUUGUCAAUUCAUACACUUCCCUCUUUUACAUUGCUUUCUUUCGUCAGGUAGGAGUACAGUUCGGUCAUUGCGUGUUUAUUCAGAAUCAUUAGGAAUAGCCUGCGUGGCAGGCGUUAAAACGGAAAGGGAAGAAGGGAAUUUGGGCGCGCGAGAGCGCGCGAGGGAGAAAUGAAAGGAACCCUCCUCCCUUCUCCCUCGCGCGGGCUCUCGCGCCCUCAAUCCCCUUCCCCUUCCCCUUCCCUUUCGAACUUUUCCACGCAAGCUACAUUAGUAAUCACUCGGUUGACUGAAUUUGGGUGAAAUGCCAAAGGGGAAGGGUUUCUUCAAGCUGUUUGGUCAGGUGGCUUGCAUACUACCUUCCAAGCAUGCUUCGAACAAUGCAGUCGGAUAUAUUUAAUUUUCAGGGAAGUGGCUUGAUAGUUUAUUAUGAGCAAUUUGUUUGUUUACUAUUGUUUCCACCUUUCUAAUAUUCCAUGCUUACGGCCAAUCCGAUUAAUUCUAACGCAUCCUGAUCCUUAGUUUGUUUUAACCGCCUUAAAUUUGGACACUUUAUUUACCGAUUACGAACUCUCCCUAAUUAACAGAUGUUAGUAUUUUGCUAAACAUCUUUUAACUGCUUCCUCUGAAUAGGAAGCAGACGAAAACAAGCUAUCAAACCAGCCAUAAUUAGAAAGUCUAGUAAGCAGCCUCCUUUUCUCCGCGGCCCUUGGCUUGUGUUAACCGUGUACUCAGCUUAUACUUUCAUUUCUUUGUCUCAUCAGAACACAAAGGAGACGGGUGUUUUAGGUAAAGGGCAAAACUACAGCGACGAAUGCGGCUCAAAUAACGACUGUAUGACUCUACUGUCUCUUCAAGUCGCCAUGUUAAUGAUCAUGAAGCCUCUUCCAAAACUGUUCUCUGACAUUAUAAAACCGUGAGUAUGGUCACAAGCUGAAAUUCUCUUUUAUAUCUUGCAUAGUACGUGCAGUUCGAGCAAUGUUCCUAUCUGAAAAAGGAGUUGUUAUGACGUUCCUUAACUUUGUUACUUGCACCCUUUCAAUAGGCGCAUUACUCUGUUAUUCAGAGCACAGGGCGCUUGCUUCCCAGCAUUAUGGCCUGUGGUCGAUUUUCGGUCUCUGUGUCGUAGACCGUGUCGUAUUUGAGUUGAUCGUUGAUUGAUUAUCUGACUGAGACGUAUAGAUCAGCAAAAACGAUCAUAAGACUUAUUACUGGUGUAAAUAGUUCGAUUAGUUGCCGCCUCUAGUGCUCCAUGAAGAGUGGUUAUGCUCUAAUUCCCUUUACCGACGGUAGCGAUGAUUAAUGAUAUAGCCGGUUUUGUUUAAGUACAACGCAGCAAACGUUUUUUUCUGCUUUUCUUGUUGAUUUAGCUGGUUAAAGGGUCUGUGGAAGAGGAAAUCUUGUCGCAAGAAAGUAGGAGCAAGCGGUGAAAUGAGGUCCAGCGUAGAAGAUUACUUGGAAAACGAAAGACUCAAGGAACCGCUUGGGGAUUUUAGACUGUCCGAGUACAAUGAAAAAGGUAAAGGAUAUAGGCGGAUUCAUUGUGACAUCAUUGUUUACAUUUUUGCUCAUAACCCAUAGAAGUUGUAGCCUUGUAUACCAAUUAGAUUCAAAAUUAAAAGAGCUGGUUAAUUUAUGGAGUUUGUGCAAGUCUCAGCUCUUUGCAAUCAGUAACAAAGAAAAUAGCAGCAAUUAAAAACUGCAAAAUUACUGGGUGGCAAAACGCUAAUGAGCUCAUACAUUCUUUGUAAAUUUGGGGGUUUUUCAAACAGAGUUUCUCCGAAACUAUUUGGUAUAUCGGGCUCAAAUUUUCCGAGAUAACUGAAAUUGUUAUGCUCUUUCAAUAUCAGAAAUUUCAUUUUAUUAACUUCAUCAGAUAAUGAUAAGCUUAUGCUAAUGGAGCAAAAAAUGUAAACAAGGAUUCUGCCAUUAGCAUAGGUAGGCUAACUUCUUUCUCAAGGAACGUGGUACUUAGCAAUGGUAACAGGACUGAGUGGAGUCCAAUUCAGUUUGUAAUCAUACGAGUGAUUAGGGAGCUUUAGCAACGACGACGGCGACGGCAAAGAGGACGUCAAAACAGCAAUAGGUUUGUUGAGCAAAACAACAACUCUGCACGUGCAUCACGCUUUUUUGUUCAUUUCUUUACCGUCCUUGCACGACUACGACGUGAAAAUGCCUAAUUGCAGGUUUUAUGGAGGACGUAAACAAGCGACGACGAAUCUCUUUUUCUCUCUCUAAACUUGAGUGCGGUCCUCAAGAAAUCAACUCCAGGGAAAUUCGCCUACACUUGCCAUUUUCAACAAAUUGGAAUAAACGCGACAAAGAUUGAAAAAACGGGAAUUCAUUUUAAAACUGACGUUUUCGCUGCAGUUGCCGUCGUCGAUGCUAAAGCUCCCUAUUAACAAAAUCGGACGACCGCGUAGCGGGAGUCCGAUUUGUUUAAUCACGAGUAUGAUUACAGACCGAAUUGGACGACACGAAGUUCUGUUACCAAUUAAUCAUAACUUUAACAAAAUCUGUGAUAUAAUAGGCUAUUUUUUAAAUCAAAACACAAGAAAUUCGAAAUUUUGUUUUGCUAGCAGUUAAAAAAAAGCCAUUUAAGCGCGCGCGUGAUGGCACGUACUGUCCAAUUACUUAGGCAUGACGCGUACUGUCCUAUUAAACUGUCCAAUUAAGGCUGAAAUCAGGGCAGUUGAUAGCCAAUCAGACUUGACAAUUUUGUUAUAGUUAUGAUUAUGUUCUUUAUUAGGUUUAAGUAAAACAACCUUCAGUAACCAUACAUUGUCAUCUGAUAAAUGUUAUUCAUGCACGGUUGUCAUGGUGAUUGUGUGGUUAGUAAAGUCAACUAAAAAAUCUAGUAUUGACAAGAUCUUCUCUUUUUUAUUUGCAGUCCUUCAGUAUGGAUUUCUAAUGGUAGGUGAAAUUAUUUUAACAGCAACCACCAACCUUAUAAAACAACCUAAGAUAUUCAUCUCUUCACAAAAAAGGAAUUAAUCACCAGGUGCUAAAAAUGACCCGUUGCAUGUUGCUAUCCGGUUUUUGUCAAACUCACCAAUUAUUUGUAAACAGAGGAAAAAAAACGGAGAUAUCAUAGACUAUGAGCAGUUUUUUCCCCCUCGGAUCAGUAACCUAUGUGGUACGUGGCAGCCUUCGAAAGGGGUAGUGGUGGGCGAGGUUGGGGCAAGGGAAAAGGAGAGAGGGUAUCCCAUUCCCUUUUCUUCCAUUUUUCUACCUGCCACACAAACUAUUGGGACAGUAGAGUUGGGCGAGCAGCUGACUUGUGAUGCCCCCAGUCUAAAUGAAUCAAAGUGAGUGCAAAAAAUCUUGGCUGCGCCUUGUGUUUGAAACCCACCUCCCCGAAUGAGAGAGAUUACACAUUCUCACUUUUUGUUGCAUUUCUACUUCUGUGUGUUUUGUUUUGUUUCUUGUUUUUAUUUACUUAUUUAUUUUCAUUUAACGUGCUUCAUUUUGUUUCAGUUAUUUGCCGCAGCAUUUCCGCUGGCCCCACUGAUCGCACUGCUGACAAAUGCUAUUGAUAUGAAGAUAGAUGCCAGUAGAUUGUUGUGGAUAGACAGACGACCCGUUGCAUUCAGAGCUGAAGAUAUAGGUCAGUAAAUCGGCUCGGCUACCUCUAUGCACCAACAGUAUAAAUGUUUUUUCCAUUCGGUAUGAGUGAUGCGAUAGUUGAGGGUUUCCCCCAGCAUAACCACCUUUUCUACGUCGAAAGGCAAGAUCUCCUCUACAUUGCUGAUACUACAAACCAUAAUAAUCAUCAUAAUAAUUAUAACGCAAGGAGGCCGUAAACGUGAAAAUAAGGUGUGUAAUGACAACUGAGAUAUAACGUGGUUGAAGCAGAGUUAACAAUUCUCCCAAAGUCUACCCAACGCUUCUCGGUUGCGCGCAUACGUCCUCUGUGACAGAGUGCCUUCUGUUUUGUAGUUGUUCUUGGAAUCUUUGGCAUGUACAGCUGGCGAAUAUAGAGAGCUUUUUCGUUGCACAUUAUUGUUAGCCCUGUUGAUUUGUGAAAAUUCCUACUUGUCUCUAGAACCUCGGUAGGUUCUCGGUGUUGCGGUCGGGUGCGAUCAGUAAAUAACGUAAUACAAAGGUUUGAAAAGACACUGUGCAAUUCCCAUACCACAAUGCAAAUGCAAACCAACAAAGAAACACCCUGCAGAAUCCCGGUAACUCUUUUGUUCAUCUGUUCUGAGCCAAUGAUCACCGUAAUUUAUUCCGUCCCUUUUUUGUGUCAGGCAUGUGGUACAGCAUUUUGGAGUUCCUGAACGUUGCAGGCGUGGUUACCAACUCAUUCUUGGUGGCUUUUACAUCAUCUUACGGUCGCUCAUGGGAAGGUGAUCCAACAACAAGCAACAGAACUGAGUUGGUGUUUAACAGCACUUCAAAUGCAACAGAUCAAGUUGUCAUUAUUACGGAGCAUUUAGCUGGGCCAAGUAGACUGUGGCUUAUAAUUGGCUUUGAAGUAAGUCUUUCAAUUAGAAGAGGCCAACACCUCCAUUUUCAGAGCCUACACCUAUAUCCUAUAUUUACAGUUUUAGUGGAAAACUCUACUAGCGUUUCCAAGGAAAUUGUAAAUAGAGAGUUUAAGAAAAGCAUACAACCAGAGCGUCUUAGAACAGGCGGCUUACAGGAGAAAAUGGUACUUCUUCACUUGUUGAAGGCCGCAAGUUAGAUAACUCAUUGGGUUAUUACGUCACCUUCGUUAAAUAAAGAGUAUUGUAUUGUAUUGUAAAUUUGGCACGUUUCUCUGCCGUUUUGUGCAAUUCAAAGCAGUAUCGAUGUUAUUGAAGAGUUUGAAAAUGAGUUUGUUUUGUUGUUGUUUUUUUAUUUAUUUAUUUUUUUAUAGUAUUAGCAACUCUGAAGCCCCACCAGUUUAGUUUUCCUAUAUGUAAGUAAAACAAGCUGGAACAAAUGCAGAAGGCUCCCUUAAAAUUGCUAUUGUUUCUCUUUAUUGUCAUAGCUGCAGCUUUCUAAUGUGCAUUUGUUACCUUUUUUCAGCAUAUUGUGUUUUCAAUAAAGUUCUUGAUCGCCUACAUUAUUCCUGAUACUCCUGCUGAUGUCAAGAUGGCCCUUUCCAAGGUAGAUGGGGUGAACUUAACUGCACCUUACAUAAGGAGAAUACCCAGAGUUUUAACAUAUCCCGUGUUUAAUCUCUUACAGGAAAAGUUUCACGUGUCAAGAAUUCUUGCUCAAGCAGGUGUGCGGAAGGGGCCUGGGAAUAAACUUACAGAAUCGGCCGCCUCUUUCAAAAAUCGCGACGCCGAGGGUAGUGGUUCUUCAUUUGCCUACUCAACGGAAGUAAAACAUACCGCGAGCGGAAGAAGGCUUCUCGAGAAUGGCACUAAUAGUGGGUCUUAUGGCAACAAUGAAGCGCUUGAAGUGGUAGUGGAAAGUAUACCUUCAGGGACUACUUUGGGGAGGCACGUGAGGUCCCCCCGGUUAGAACCUCUUCCUAAAAGUUACACAUCCAAGCAUUCGAUAAGGUCGUGA